CCGGCCCGGAGCCGGUGGGUGCCCAGCCCGGCGGCGCUCGGAGCCAGCCCGGCGCGGGCACCCGCCGGCAGCGAUGCCGCUCGCCCAGCUGGCCGAGCCCUGGCCCGACAUGGAGCUGGUGCAUCUGGACACGGAGAACGGGCAGCCAGCUCCAGAAGAAGGUGGGAAUCCUCCAUGCCAGGCAAAGUCUGACAUCACUUGGCUAGAGAAAGACCUGGUGGACUCUGCAGACAAGGGGGAAGGUGUUGUGCAGGAAAUCAACAUCACACACCAUGUGAAGGAGGGCUCUGAGAAGGCUGAUCCAUCACAGUUUGAGCUCCUGAAGGUGCUGGGACAGGGCUCUUUUGGCAAGGUUUUCUUGGUGAGAAAAAUAACUCCUCCAGACACCAACCACCUCUAUGCCAUGAAAGUGCUGAAGAAGGCGACGCUGAAAGUGCGGGACCGACUGAGGACAAAGAUAGAAAGGGACAUCCUGGCUGAUGUCAACCAUCCCUUUGUGGUGAAACUCCACUACGCAUUCCAGACAGAGGGGAAGCUGUACCUCAUCUUGGAUUUCCUCAGAGGAGGUGACCUUUUCACUCGGCUUUCCAAAGAGGUCAUGUUCACUGAGGAGGAUGUGAAGUUCUACCUGGCAGAGCUGGCACUGGGACUCGACCACUUGCACAGCCUGGGGAUCAUCUACAGGGACCUCAAGCCAGAGAACAUCCUCUUGGAUGAAGAGGGGCACAUCAAACUCACAGAUUUUGGUUUGAGCAAGGAGGCCAUAGACCACGAGAAGAAAGCCUACUCGUUCUGUGGGACCGUGGAGUACAUGGCCCCGGAGGUGGUCAAUCGCCAGGGCCACUCGCACAGUGCUGACUGGUGGUCCUACGGGGUCCUCAUGUUUGAAAUGCUCACGGGGGCACUGCCCUUCCAGGGGAAGGACCGUAAGGAGACAAUGACCCUCAUCCUCAAAGCGAAACUGGGCAUGCCACAGUUCCUGAGCGCUGAGGCUCAGAGUCUCCUGCGAGCCCUUUUCAAAAGGAAUCCAGCCAACAGAUUAGGGUCUGGGCCAGAUGGGGCAGAGGAGAUCAAGCGUCACCCUUUCUACUCCACCAUCGACUGGAAUAAGCUGUACCGCAGGGAAAUCAAACCCCCUUUCAAGCCUGCAGUGGGCCAGCCAGAUGACACCUUUUAUUUUGACACAGAGUUCACGUCACGGACACCAAAAGAUUCCCCGGGUGUGCCCCCGAGUGCAGGGGCCCAUCAGCUCUUCCGAGGCUUCAGUUUCGUGGCAACCGGGUUAAUGGAGGAUGGCAAAGUCCACCCUCCCCAGCCUGCCCUGAAUUCGGUUGUGCAGCAGCUGCACGGCAAGAACGUCCAGUUCAGCGAUGGGUACGUGGUGAAGGAGGCCAUCGGCGUCGGCUCCUACUCCGUCUGCAAACGCUGCAUCCACAAGGCCACCAACAUGGAGUACGCAGUCAAGGUAAUUGACAAGAGCAAGCGAGACCCUUCUGAGGAGAUUGAGAUCCUGCUGCGGUACGGGCAGCACCCAAACAUCAUCACCCUGAAAGAUGUGUACGAUGAUGGGAAGUACGUGUACCUGGUGACCGAGCUCAUGAGGGGAGGGGAGCUGCUGGAUAAAAUCCUCAGACAGAAAUUUUUCUCAGAGAGAGAAGCCAGUUCAGUCCUGCACAUGAUCUGUAAAACAGUGGAGUAUCUGCAUUCCCAAGGGGUGGUUCACAGGGACCUGAAGCCCAGCAAUAUCCUCUACGUGGAUAAAUCAGGGAACCCUGAGAGCAUCCGAAUUUGUGACUUUGGCUUUGCCAAGCAGCUCAGGGCUGAGAACGGGCUCCUCAUGACCCCCUGUUACACAGCAAACUUCGUGGCACCCGAGGUCCUGAAACGCCAAGGCUACGACGAGGGCUGUGACAUCUGGAGCUUGGGGGUGCUGCUGUACACGAUGUUGGCAGGCUGCACUCCCUUUGCAAAUGGUCCCAGUGACACUCCGGAAGAGAUCCUGACACGGAUAGGAGGGGGGAAGUUCUCCAUCAGUGGGGGCAAUUGGGACACUAUUUCUGACAUGGCCAAGGAUCUGGUAUCAAAGAUGCUCCACGUAGAUCCUCACCAGCGUCUCACAGCCAAGCAGGUCCUGCAGCAUCCUUGGAUAACCCAGAAGGACAGUUUACCCCAGAGCCAGCUCAAUCACCAGGACAUUCAGCUUGUAAAGGGCGCCAUGGCUGCCACGUACUCGGCGCUGAACAGCUCCAAGCCAAGCCCUCAGCUGAAGCCCAUCGAAUCCUCCAUCCUGGCACAGAGGCGGGUGAAGAAGCUCCCCUCCACCACCCUGUGAGGCCCCACGGUGCAGGAACAGCCCGGAUUUUGCACACCUGCGGAAGAGGGAGACAGGGGACGGGCAAGGUCUGCACAGGGGCUCCCCUGGGGACUUGCUCUCAAGAGGCCAAGUGCCUUCCUGCUCCUGAAAGACUGGCUCUUCCUCAUGUGGACUUAUCUUUGCUGAAGAACUUCACUGUAAAACUUUUUUGACGUGUAAAUUGUCGAUUUAUAAAGAAAUCCAUCUGUGUAUAUGAGAACUAGAAUGUAUAACUGAUGUCAAGUGGCACUAAAAAGCAGCUCUGAUUCACCCUUCCCUGUGUAGGACCAGGUAUUUGUUGUUGCUACAGCAUUUCUUGGAACUGAUCCUCUCCAGCUCCACAGCAGCUGGAAGACUGUGUCACACUUGGGGUUUAGGCUUUGGGGCUUUUCCUCCCUCAAACCUUUGGAUGCAUUUCCCAAAGCCAACCCUGCAGCCUCCCAGCCAGCAGCACUCGUGUCCAUGAAGGACCUCCCUCCCCUCCAAGUCCUGUGUGUUUGUUCCAUGUAAUGUGGAUUUUGCAGCCUCUGUUUCUCCCUCUCUCCCGUGCUCCCCCAGCCCAGCUGGCAGCUCAGAUCUCUGAACAAAACACAUCACAUUUUUUCCAAGCCCUCCUGCAGAUGCUCAGCAGGCCAGGACACCUCCUAGAUUUGGCUCAUUCCUUCCCUCUGCUCUCCUAUCUCCAUGCUCUCCCAUCACUGCGGAGUUUGUCACCUGUGCAGGGGGAUGACAACAGAACCUUGUCCCUGGCAAACCUUUGGGCUGGCUCUGGCUGCUGCUUUUACCACUUGGGGUUUUCCUUCCCCUCAGUAGGAACCUCUGAACAAAACCACCCUUUAUUUUUUAAUUUAACUUUGUUUUCCAGCCGUGACUCAGGGUUUCUUUCUGACUCGUACAAUAAACGUGUCAUUCGGGGGCCGUCCUGUGACUGUGAGCUGCAGAACCAGCGACCCCCGGCGGUUCCCGGGCAUUUCCCGCUCUUCCCAGGUUGUUCCUCCCUGCUAUGCGGGGACAGUGCUCCUUGUCUGCCUUCUGGAAAAGCUGCAAAGCUUUUGAUCAGGCCCUGAAAACCAGCAGUGCUGCUUAGGGCAGCCUCUCAUGCUACCUUCUCUCAGUGGGAGGUGACCAGAACAGUCCUGGAAUGAGGCAAGAACCAACAGAAAUGGGGAAUUUCUUACUCAGGACACUUUUGGCUUAUAGAAACCAACACUUGGAGACAAACUGUGCUAGAAAUAAAUACCCACCCCAGUCUGACCUGCAAGGAACUGCCAGAGCUCCAUGGUUCCAUGGUGGCAGUUUCUGGGAGCAGCAGGAUUGCUACAAGGGCUGCAAACAGAGCUCAAGGAUGUGACUGGAGCCAGAAAAGAUUCUCAUGUGAAUUUCUGCUACUUUUAGCUGAUCAUGUCACAAGAGAGGAAACUUGGUUUUCUGUUCAGUCCAGUUGGCUCUAAAAUGAAGAAUUCCAUACAAAUAAUUAUGUGAGAUGCAGAGUGCUCUUCUCCUGUACCCUCAUCCAAGCAGGUCCUGUGAGCAGCCACUGAGAAGCUGAAAUAGUCACAAUUUCUUUCUCUCUGUAUUCCAAGUGCAGCCUGAGUUUCCAGUGCUUCUGAGAGGAGGAGGCCAGCUCCAGUCCACAGUGGAUCUUCUUACUGGUAUUGUCACCAACCCCAGCAGACAGGAAUUUAAUGUUUUGCUGAGAUUUGGGGAGGGGGACACUCCACCACCCAAAAUGCCUUCCUUAAAAAUACUUGUGGCAUAAUGUUCCCUACAACUCCACAGUGACUCUUGUGCCAGUGCUGUGCAAAUGGUAGGUGCAACCUGCAACCAACACAAUAAUCACAUUUUUCUGCAGCUGGGCUCAGGCCCUUUGGGUGUUGCAGGGACCUCCACAGAUUUUCAGAAUAUUUCCUACAUUAUGUUUCGAGGGAAGGUCUGGAGUGGUGGAUAGGUUGGAUGCCAACCCACCAUGGGUGGGUGGGGAUCAGUGCUCUUAAACCCUGGGGUUUAGGGGGUCUUAAACCAAUUACUUGUCCUGGUUUGGGGAAUAACUGUUUAUCUGUAUGAAGUUGCAAAUGUUUUCAAAUAUUAGUCAGGAAAAACAUUACAGCCCUUGCUAAAUCCUCCCUGUGAUGUGCUGGUGUGAGGCCAGCUGGGGACAAGUCAGGGGUGUGGGGACAACCAGGUGCAGAUCAGUGUGGGCAGGGGGAGAGCAGCCCUCAGCUGCUGCAGGUUCUGCCCGGCCAUGAGACGAUACCUGGGGUGUCAGACCCCAAAACCAGGAGCAUCAAACCCCUCUGCCACCCUUGGGUCUCUAAUCAGAAGAACUUUGUGCUUGGUCAGCUGGAGCUUCUGAAACCCCCAUCCCCUUGGAGAACAGAGAGAACAAGAAGGGCUACACCUUCCUCUCCAGAGGGCUUUUAACUGCAUUGUUCUGAGUUAUCCAUAAGUAAAAUAAGCCUUGAUUUUUAGUUCCAGAUCAACCAAGUGCUGUUACUUUUUUAAUUGCAGUGCUCAAUAAAAUUGGACUUGUGAAUUUUCUGUAUAUGAGGGCUGUAG